AUGGCCACCCGUCGUAACGUCAAGUCCCCCUCCGACGAAAAGUCCGACAAUGUUUCGUCUCCUCCGCCUGUUCUCCCAAAGGCCAUGCAGGCCGAACGUAUGAAGAACAACCCCGGUCCCUCCAUUCCACGAGAAGUCCUCCUAAAACUCUUUGGUUUCACAGUAGCCAUGCUCUUCGGUCCCAUAGGCUGCUACUACCUCACCACAACCUACAUCUCCCCCGGCAGCACCGUCCUAGGAGCCUCCAUUGCCGCCGUGGUAGCAAAUGUCGUUUUAGUUCUAUUCAUCCUCGUCGCAAUGAAAGAAGAUGAUGGUGAAGAGACAAAGAAAACCAAGUAG